AUGGCUUUGAUUAUUCCUGCUAUAGUUGAUUUGUUUAAACACAAGUUAGUUAGUAGUAUUAUAGUAUUGACAUGUUGGUCUGCUUUUGAUCGUGUGAAACUUGCAAAACAGAUUUCAUCCUACGGUAUGUCAGUAACAUUUUCAUGCAACUCUACAAUGUUAGAUGAUACAAAUAUAAACCAUUUCUAUGGAGUGUUACAUAUACGAUCAUCACAGGACCCUAUGAAUAAGGUUCAAACGAGACACUUCUCACAUUGGUACAAGUGGCUGGUUAUAAAUGAAAUACCAGAAUUUCUCAACAAAACUCGUUAUGACGCAGAUGUAGUUCUAAUGCGUACGGAGCAAAAUGAAGAAACAAUCGCUUUGAACAAAACUAAAUCUCUUGCUGUCUCUUCCUUGGUUUUCUUUGAUGACAUUUACAUACACCCUGGCUAUGGCGCAUCUGCUCAUCCUUGGGCAUAUUGGCGUCAGUCUCAAGGUCUACAAGUAAUGUUCGAACGGGAGAGAAUUUUAAGGCGGUUUGAUCUUAAGAAGUACACCUUAAGGAUUGCUACUCCGCUAGGACAAUAUUCCGAAGAAUGGUACAAUGGCACUUUUAAAGACUAUCUUACGGAUAUCUCGAUGCCAGAGCGGGACUCUGGCGUACGUUGUGGAUAUGGAGCAUCUGUACUUCUCAUCGAGGCAUUAAAUGCUGAACAAGAACUAGUUCCGACAGAGUUGUGGAGCACAGAAGUAAAUAACAGCAGCAUGAUUCUAAUGUUGUCGUACGGUACUGCGGAUCUUGCUGGUGGAAUUCUUAGAAUCUUACCCAAUCGCAUCACGCGACUGGACUAUGCUAUGCCUAUUUGGCCUUUCCAUGUCGGUUUCACAUAUAUAUCUGAACGUGAAAGUAGCAGUAACAUGUUCGUAGAGCCAUUUACAACAGGAGUGUGGUGGACGUGUCUUGGUUUCGUUCUCGUCAUGGCUCUUGCUCAGAGAAUUACUGCCAAGAGGCCUGUGGAGAAAGAAGGCGCUUAUAUGGCCGUGAUCGCAACAUCUUUGCAACAAGAUGCAAGCGCGGUUCCGGAGGGAUUCUCUGGUAGAUGGACCUUUUUGGUGCUAUCUAUAUCGUCUAUGUUGAUCCAUGCAUAUUAUACGUCAGCUAUAGUGUCAGACCUCAUGAGUACUGGUCGUAGCGGCCCCGACUCACUGCGUUCGCUGGCCGAUUCAAGAUACGCUAUAGCAUCCGAGGAUUACGAUUACAUGCGAUAUUUGAUGUUUGAUGUCAAAACAAACUGGGAGGAUCUCGAAUAUUUAAAAAAGAAAAAAAUAACAUCCCGAUUCUACUGUGACAUAGAACGCGGAGUGGAACUCCUACGUAAAGGGAACACUGCCUAUCACACAGAAUACAACCAGCUAUAUCCUCAUUUAAAGACAUUUACAGAUGACCAGUUGUGUAAGUUACAAUAUGUGGACACAAUACCUGAGUCCGUUACAUGGGUGACAACGACAAAGCGUGGACAAUGGAUAGACAUUUUUCGUUCAAAGGGUGGAUGGCUUCACGAAACAGGACUGGCGCAGCGACUUCUGUCUCACAUAAAAAUCCGACCACCGCCUUGCAGAGCUGCCUUGUUAGCUGAAAGAGUUAAAUUUGGAGACAUUGCUCCGGUUCUCGGAUUAACCGUAAUAGGAUCUGUGUUGUCUUUUGUUAUUAUGGGCUUGGAAAUUGUUUUCGCUAAGAUGGAGAAACGGAAGAAUGUGCUUGUAUCGAACAUCACCGCAAAUCCUGUAGAUGAUAUUAAUUAUUUAGAUUAA